AUGUUGAAGAUUGUGGUGUACCCUUUUUUUGUUUUCUGUAUAGAAGCAGCUGUACCCCCAUGGGUUGACAGUAAUGAUGAAGAGACUAUUCAGCAGCAGAUCUUGGCCUUAUCAGCUGACAAGAGGAAUUUCCUUCGUGACCCUCCGGCUGGUGUGCAGUUUAAUUUUGACUUUGACCAGAUGUACCCCGUGGCCUUGGUCAUGCUUCAGGAGGAUGAACUGCUAAGCAAGAUGAGAUUCGCUCUGGUUCCAAAACUUGUGAAGGAAGAAGUGUUUUGGAGGAAUUACUUCUACCGAGUCUCCCUGAUUAAGCAGUCUGCCCAGCUCACUGCCCUGGCAGCCCAGCAGCAGGCCUCUGGAAAGGAAGAGAAGAGCCACAGCAGGGAGGGUGACUCCACUCUGAAAGAAGCAGUACGGCCCAAAACACCACCUGUCGUAAUCAAAUCUCAGCUUAAAACUCAAGAGGAUGAGGAGGACAUUUCCACCAGCCCAGGCGUUUCUGAGUUUGUUAGUGACGCCUUUGAUGCCUGUAACUUAAAUCAGGAAGAUUUGAGGAAAGAAAUGGAGCAACUUGUGCUUGACAAAAAGCAAGAGGAGACACCUGUGCUAGAAGAGGAUUCUGCCGACUGGGAAAAGGAGCUACAGCAGGAGCUUCAGGAAUAUGAAGUCGUGGCGGAGUCUGAGAAGCGCGAUGAAAACUGGGAUAAAGAGAUCGAGAAAAUGCUCCAAGAGGACAAUUAGCUGUCUCCUGAAAUCAAAGAAUAUUUCUUAACAUUCUGCAGACUGACAUUAAAUUCUGACAGUCACUGAAUCAGAAGGCAGAAAAGUGUGAUUUUAUACAAUUCAAAAUGAUCCUCUUUCAGGGCUGGAGAGAUGGCUCAGCAGUUAAAGGCGUGUGCUUGCAAAAUGAUCCUUUUUUUUCAAGCUCAAAUAUGCUUCUACUCUUUAAAAAAAAGCAUAGAGAGCAUGUAUUCUAAUAAUCAUAAAAGGGAUUUUUAGCAAGUGUGCGAGAGAGAGUAAGAGAGAGAUCUGGUCUGCCAGUGCCUCAGCCACCACAGUCAAACUCCAGACACUACCUAGUGCACAUGUGUGACCUUGCGCUUGCAUCACCUUUGUGUGCCUGGCUUACAUGGGAUCUGGAGAGUCAAACAUGGGUCCUUGGGCUUUGCAGGCAAAUGCCUUAACCGCUAAGCCAUCCCUCCAGCCCAAAAGAGAUGUCUUAUGUAACAUUUCUUUCAUAUAAAUUGAAAUAGAGAUGUUCUUAUAGGCAGUAUAGAUAUCUUUCCCACAGAAUCACAGGUAAAAUUUUAAUUAAGUUUUUCCCACAGUGUUAGUAACAUAACUUAUUCUGUUGUUUUCUAAGCAUAUGGACUGUUUCCUCAUUUAUGUUUUAUUGAUACUUAAAGUACUUACUUCAUGAAUUAAUUACUAUGAGAAAGACCAAAUUAUACCAAAGAACUUGGGGAAGCACUUUCAAAACUGUUUUCUUGCAAGGCAUUUUCUAAAAUUCUGUCUGAAAGCUAAAAGGUUAGACAAUUGAGUUUAUUUGUAUGAUGUAAACUUCACACAAUUCAACAUUACAAAAAACAAAAAAAGACUAUGCAGGCCAGGCACAGUGGCAGACCCUUUAAAACCAGCACGUCGGAGGCAGAGGUAGGAGGAUCACUGUAAAUUUGAGGCCAUCCUGGAGCUAUAUAGAGUGAGUUCUAGGUGAGCCUGGGCUGGAGUGAGACCCUGCCUUGAAGAAAAAAUGUAAUGCUAUGCAGGGCUGAGGGUAUUGCUCAGUGGUAGGGCCUUGCCUAGCAUAUACUCAAGGCCUAGGAGUUCAUCCAUAGUACCUUAUUUUAAAAAGAAAAAGAAAAGAAAGGAGGGGGGAAGGGAUGGAAGGAAGGGAAAAGGAACUGCUGUGCAAUUUGCAAAAAUAUUUAGAGAAGGAAAAUGUUUUACCCUGGAGCCUUUUCUCUCCUUUUUUUUUUUUAAGACUAUACCACAGAUUUCACAUCAUGCUUUUUGUAGGAACUGGGGCCUUCGGUGCUUUUUGUAUUAAUAACCUUCAAUAAGCCUGUUUACCUUAGCUUCUGUUCUUAUUGUAAUAGCCUCUCAGUAUAAGUGGCUUAAUUAAACUGUCAAUCAUCA